UCCUUCCCAGGCAGUCAGUGGCGUGUACCGCGGGGACGAGGUGGGCCUACAUCCCGUUUUCUCCCCGUCCGAGCCACAAACUUCUCGUACACACACACACAUAUACCCUCUCCAGUUACCAGAACGAAGAGCUUGUCUGAAACUAAACAGAAAAAAUUACUGUGAAUUAUUUGGUUUCUCUGAAUCACGCGCCUGGUCAAGCAUGCAGUCUUCUGCCGUCCGUCAGCUGUUGAUAAGUGACAGAACAUAAACACAUCAGGCGACUCACUGGUGAAUGCAGAUGUGCUGACUUGAAGAAUGUCAUGGAUGAAGUAUUUGGCAACAGCAGCAGUGAGACUGUGAUGGAGGCUGAGCUGUGUCAAGUUUUGGAAACCAUCCAUCAUGACCUUGCUUCCUUGCAUCGGCGCCACUUACAUAAACCAUCUGCUGUCAGCGAUAACAUUACCACUAGUGUUGCCCACAUUGCCAAUCCCCCACAGGCAAAGUUAUCACCAUCUCACUUCAAGUUUGAAACUAUGAACCAUAUGAGGCAGCCAACAGCAGCCCCCAGAAGAUCCAAGGGUAAACUUCUACCAGUAGGUAAGGGGAAUUCACCUCAUCCCUAUCCACGAGCAACCUCUGAAACUGCUUCAUUCCUCAGACACACCAAGUCAGCUGUUGAUGGUUGGGUCCCCCCCACCCGAGAUUCCCUGCGGCCUAGAGCCUUCAGUGUUAAUGCUUCCUCUCAGUACCACAGCUAUGUAAAUGUUCAAGCUCGCUGUCCAGCUUCUACCUGUGCUAAUGUUCCAGGUCUGUCCCAGCCAGCCACACUUCCUCCAUUGCCACACAUCACAGUACUGCCUAAGUAUGUGAAUCUACCUCUAUCUCCACAACCUACCAGCAGCAGUGCCCCAUCCACUCCUUAUAGAGAAAAUGGAAAGCAAUGCAUACAUCAUAGUUAUAUUGAGUUAUGGUCUGGGAUGAAGGAGGAGCGAGAUUCCCUCAGUGACAGUGAAUGUGAAGGGUUGAGGCAGUCUUUGCAGGAACCCCAGACACCAACCAAUCACUCCUCCCCUGGUUAUGUACAGAUGACCUCACCAUUUGUCAAGAGUCCUCAUGUGACCAGCUCCUUAAAUGGGUCAGUGCUGGCAAAUUUUGCAAGUAAACUAGCUUCUUAUGCUGGCCAACAACCUAGAAGCAUCUUUUGCCCUUUUUGCCCCAGAUAUUUCAGUUAUGAAAAAAGCUUGAGUAGUCAUAUCCACAAGAUGCAUCGGAUGGAACUGAAUUCUAUGGUUACAAAUGUAUGUAGUGAUCUAAAGCUCCAGUUCUGUCCCAUCUGUCAAGCGCAAUUUUUCAACACCUCAGUCCUGCCCAAGCACCUGGUAGACUUUCAUAGAGCAUCAGUCAUUGAAGUCCUUGAAAAGAGUGGCUGCAUACUAUCAGAUGUCAUGGGCAUUCACUGUCCUUUCUGUACUAGAAUGGUUCCACAUAGUAAGACAGGAGAGGAGGUGUUACUUUAUCAUAUUCAACAGUUACACUUCUCUGACUUUUGUGCCAUGAUUGAAAAAAAUUUCCGACCAUAUACACCAGCCAGCUUUGAGUCCCUAAAGAGUCAGUCUUUAGAAGUGCUAGAAGCAGGAAUCUUCCAGCCUAAAGUUACUUCCACACCUGGCCUCAGUAACAGACUAGGAACUAUGACUUUAUCUGUGCAAGCCCUCAAUUUGGAUUCCACUUGGUCCUCUCACACUGGAGCUGUGAGGUCACCAGUGAUACCUCCCUCCAACCCCACCCCUGCAGAAACAUUACAUACCCAGGAACAGCAAGAAGAUAGACAGGAGGGUCAGCAUUUGGCUCCUUCACCAACUAAAGGUAUCUUGCGCCACCAGAGUUCACUGAGUAGGAAGCCAAGUGUUAAGCGAGAGUUACGAUUUAGUGUUCCUCCUGUCACUAGUGAGGAAGUGUUUUUCCAAGAAUCCCCAGAGCCCUCUGUUGUGGAGCCUCCUGCUCCUGAGCCUCCCUCUGGACUACAUCAUCAGCACCACCAAGCUUGUAUUGAUAAGUCUAACAAAGUCAUUCCAGUAAGGGUUGACAGUCUGUCAACUGCUGAUUUCCUGGACCUGACUGCAAAGACUGAUACACAGAGAAAGAGGCGGAGGUUGGGCCUCGGUCUGCACUCCAGAAAGGCUUUCAAGAAAAGAGAUAAGGAAAACAUAGGAGAACGAGGGUUGAACAGUUUGGUCAAUGAAGCAACAAAAAUGGUGGAUUGUGGAAAAAAACAAGACCAUAUUAUUUGUCCAGCAAUGAGAACCCAAGGCACAAGAACUUUUCGGCGCCCUAAACCUGUAGCUGUGCCCUGUGUACCCAAAGUGCCACCAGCUACCAAGGUGGCUGAUAAUGGAACCCUGGAGCUAGUUAAUAAGAUAAAUGGGGAGGAAGAAACUUGCACAUCACCCUUCACCAACAUGAAGCUUUAUUCCCCUCUCAGGAUGUUUCGCUGUAACAAUUGCCGUGUCAAAUUUUGUGACAAUGAGUCUCUGAGUAGCCAUAUUAGUAUGCGUCACAAGGGUCUUCUGCAUUUAUUGAGGCCUCAAUAUGGUUGUGGUGUUUGUUCUGCCAAAUUUUUUGAAAACAAGUAUCUUGUGAAACAUUGCUUGCAACAUCACACUUCCCUUUUAGAGAUUCGCAGCCCCCACAAACAAAAAAUUACUCUAUAUAGGUUUACACAUGAUUAAAUCAAAUAUUACACAGAACUGUUAGCCAUGUUGUGUUGCUUUAUGCAAAGUUGGGCAUCAAAUUGCUAUUCCAUUAAUCAUGAUUCAACUUUUGAGUUAACUUUGGAAAUAAUCAUCAAACUAAUUAAGUUCCAUUAUGUUUAACUUCUGUUAACUCAAGUCUGUUAACCCAAAUAUUUCAUAAAUAAACUUUUAAAAGUUUAUUUGUUAGAGUUGAAGAUGGGGUUAUUAGUGGCAUUACAAUGGUAUUUGUAAAUAUCUAUGGUUGUUACUAGUUCUUAAAAGUGUCUAGAGCAUGUUUUUAGCUUUCAUUUCUGUCAUAGAUGAGUAUUUAACAAAUACUGAUUCUUGUUUUCCUUGCCCUACAAGUAUAUAGUACAAGGAGGAAUAAACUUCAAAACCAAAACCGUGCUCAGGACACCAAAACCUGGCAACAAUCAUAGAUAUUUGUCAACUCUAUUAUUGGCAUAAACUAUGAAUUUACCAUUGUAAUUUCUACUAUUAUAAGCUUACAGAAGGUGUGAUACGUUUUGCCGCACGGUAACACGUAAUUUUUGAGCAGUGUCUUGCUUCCUCCAUUGCCUGCCUGCCUUUGUAGAACCUCUACAUUUAUUGCUUCAGAUCUUUUUAUGAUAAGAAUAACAUUCACAGUUUAUCAACAAGUUUCGUUACCUUUUUAAUAAAUUACUGAUUAACAGUUAUUAAAGUUAACUUUUGGGUUAAUGAAUUAAUGGUUAACAAAGUUUACUUUUUGAUCAACUUUGCCCACCUCUGGCUAUAUGUAUAUGCAGUGAACAUUGUGAGGUAUAAACCUCUCUGAAACUAAGAAAGAAACCGUAAUCAUGUAACAAUAAUAUUCGAUGCUUCUAUGAUACUGAAUGGUUUACCCUGAAAUUGAGAAUAUGUAGUGUGGAGCAGAAGAAAAUGUUUUUGAAGAGUAAGCGCAUGAAGGAAAUGCAACACAUACUCUUACAAGAAAUAUGUUUAGGAUGAGAUUGAUUAACAUUAGUAAGAAAAUAAUCAAGAAAGUUGUGAGAAGGAUGCAGUAGACAUUGUGAAUGUAGGAAAUGUUGUUUUACAUAGUUAGAUACUUGAAGAAUUUACUCUCAAAAUAUCUAUUUUAUUAAUAUAUGGCACAUGAAAAGACUAUCAAAACUAUAACUUACUUUCUUAAUGUGUAUGUGUUAAUGAAUAUGAUUCUAUAAUUAUUGGUAGUACACAGUGCUUAUUACUUUUUGGUCGGCCCAAACCAUACUGACCAGUGUUGGGAGGUUGUGUUGUUGAACGUCCUAAUUUUCACACACAUGCACAAAAAUUGACUAUAAUGAGCUUGCUCUAAUUGUGAGGGUACUUGCUGUCAGUUACGAGUCCAGCACGUGAUCAGGCCAUUGUGGUGAAUGGGCCGGCACACACAGGUUUUGCUACAAGUGUCAGUUUAGAAACAGACUUGUAUAAGAAAAGGAGUCAGCAGAGGGCACAUUCCCAUGCAUACCUUAACUAUCCAUCUCCUGGAUUGCUGAAGCACAUAACUAUGCCCACUAGCAUUACCUACUUGAUCAUCACUUGAUGAUACCAUUAUUCACUAUGGAAAGCUUAUGAAUAUGAAGCCAAGAUGAUGCUUCAACCCAUUACUCAUUACUGUAAGUCUUGAAGCUCUGCCAACUGAACCAUCAUCAUCUUCAGUCAUUACUAGUCCACUGUAGAACAAAAGUCUAAUGUUCUCCAUCCUUCUCAUUAUGAUUUUAGUGUACUCAUUCAUACUCCAGCAAAAUGCUCUAAAAGAACUUACUCCAUAUCAGAUGCAUUUUUACUUACUCUGGCUCGAGUUAAUAAAAACACUUGUUACCACAGCAGUGAAUCAGUCAUGCUGUCUAAGAUAGGUAGUAUGUAAAAAUCUGCACAAAUCUAGAAUAGAGACUGUUCAUCACCACACAAUACAUUUUUGAGAUUAGGCAGUAAAUACACUUCAAUACCAAUUAUCCUCCAUUUCAGGCUGGCAUUUCAGGUUAACCUAUAAAUAGGUAUGGAGAAACCUGGGGAAGGUAAACUGAGGUAACCCAGAUGUUGCACUUGGCCUGUAUUCCAGGGUGAUUGACAGGUCCUCACCCACCACAGGCUAAAAGACCAAUGAGACAGAUAAGUGCCGAGGCCAUGCACAGCUAUAGCGUAUACCCCCAGCUUUACCUUUACCUAACCAAUAAAAAAAUUGGAGUAUUAAGCUGAUUUCUUAUAAAAUCCAAAGAUUACUCCAUAAAAUAAAUGACAGCAUCUGAUAUACGAGUAUAGCAUUGACAGGCAGAACGUCUGAUCUCUCCAUCACCCAACACACAAGAAAAUAUUCAUAUUACUUUACCGUAACACAAUUUUCAGAACUUGACAGGGUAAAGAAAUUAAUUAAUUACGAGGAGUGAAAAGCAGAAAAUAAAAUUCAAUGUUUAUACCACUUCUUACUUUUAUCAUUAUUUACAGCAAUUAUGGAAUUAAUUUUAGAAUAAAAUGUUUAUUUCUUGUACAUAAAACAGUCCUGAUUAUGAUUUUAUCAUCAUUGUUUUAGGUGGAACCUUUUAUAUCUAUAGGCAGUUCCAUGGUCUGUGCCAUCCUAGGAUGGAACUUCACAUAUCUAUGAAGCCUCCCCAGUUCUUCACCUAGGGACACAUAAGCUAACUGUGGGAUCAUGUUUGAAAGAUGGGCCCUGAUGUAACCACUGGUUCAUAAUUAUAAAUCUGUAAAAUGUCUACCUUAUGUAAACAUUCAAGAGCCAUGCAUCUGUAGCUUCCAAGAAUAACUAUAUAAAGUACAGUAAGUAAGUUACUUGUUGGUUCUUUAAUAUGUGUAUUACAAUGAUUUUUGGAAGUGUAAUAUUUUCAAGGACAUACAUAACCUCUUUGUAAAGAGUUGAAAAUUGCAGCAUUUGGGCCAAAAAAAUGUUCAAAUCUAAAGUGGUACAGUAUUUUGUGUGUGCAUCACUUUGUACUAAAUGCAGUUGUAUAUGGUAUUUAGUUUUGGUUUAUGUAAAUUGAUAUAUAUAUAGUGUGUGUCCACUUACAAUUUACUGUAAUUCAUCAAUUACAAUAUGUGUAUUAGUACUGGUCAGAAUGUAUAUUAAAUAUUAAGGAAAUCUUGUGCCAUAUCCUGUAUUAAAGUAUGAAUUAAU